AUAUGAGUCAUUUGCAAAAUAGUUGUACAUACACUAAACAAAAUCUGUCUCCUUGAAUAUUUACUAUUUUAAUGUUGGAUUUAUAUGAUUAAUUCUAUUUUAUGUGCUUCUUAUAACUAUUAUUUAAACGUUUAUCACUUUUAUAACACUAGAUUUAUAAAUAAUUUCUAAAUUAGUAAUAAAAUUAAGACGUAAUUUAAUGCCUUUCAUACAAUAUUUUUUUGUCGCCCACACACUCCCUCUAAUUCAAACUAAUAAUUUGGUAUUUUAUGUUUUAAAUCUAAUUGUAUUUAGCUCAUAGUAGAAUAGGUGAAAAUAUUGUUUUACGCAAAACCGAUUGUUAUUAGUAAAAGAUAAUGCAUAGGCGAUUUAUUGGUUUUUAAUUAAAUGUCUCCAAUUUAUUUCUUUUGUGUAAUUCUUAUGUGUAACUGAAAUAUUAUGGCUAUUUAAUUGAUUUUGAACGCACUCAUAAUAAAUUUUAGUAUGGCAAUACUGUACGGUACUACCAACUUGACCAAAUGACAGUGCGGCCGGUCAUUUCACUUUGAGGUUAAGAAUCAUGGUGUGCUCGAGAUUUGUCAACAAAAAAUUCUCUUGUUUAACGUGGACUUUUCUGGUACCGAAAAAUGCCUCCGAUGACUCCAGCCGAACGCCAAAAAAAAUACAGAGAAAAAUUAAAACGCGAAAAUCCCGAUAAAUUAGAAAAAUUGAAAAAAGAGAAUGCUGAGAGGACCAAGAGAAAAUAUAAACCGAUUAACCAAUUUUCAGAUUAUUUGCAGAAUGAAAAACGAAAAAAAUGGCGAGAGCAAAAGCAGAAAAGAAAUGGUGAACCAUCCACUAGCAAACCAACCAACACUGCUGAAACGACUCAAAAAGAAAAACGUAAAGUUCGAUAUAUUUUAUCAAAAGAAAAUUCAGUAUUAAAAGACAAAGUUCAAAAGAUGGCUAGAGUUAUAAAAAAACAAAGAAGAGCUAUAUCUCGCUACAAAGUAAAAAUUGAAAAUUUAAAAAAAUCCAUAGACAAAUUAGAAGAGGACUUACAGUUUUGCGAAAAUUUAGACAAAAAUAUCACUACGAAAAAUAAAGAAGCAACAACACCAUGUUCAAAAACAGAAAAAUUUUUGGAAGAAACAGUGCCAAAUAUACCUACUCCAGAGAAAAAAAAAGUAAAAAAGGUGAUACUUGAAGGAUAUGUUUUGAAAGAAUCGUUGAAUAAUCAGUACAAUAAAGCAGAAAAAAAACCCGAGAAAAAGGUUUUAAAGAAUGUGGUUGACAACGAAUUAGUAAGAAAGUACAAAUUAAAGACUAAACUCGGCCAUUCUUGCUUCGGAUUAAAAGGUAGACUCAGACAAAGACAAACACAACUUCAGAAGAAAAGGAGAAGGAUGAACGAGAUACAAUUAUUUUUAGAAAGGGACGAUAACAGCAGAAUUACAGCAGGAAAAAAAGAGACUAUAACAUGUAAGAAAAAUAAAAAACAAAGAAGAUAUCUACUAGAUUCACUAGAUAAAUUACAUAAAAAGUAUAAAGAGGAAGGUGGUUCGGUUUCAUAUACAACUUUCACCAGAUACAAGCCGUUUUAUAUUUUGGAUCCUAAGAGUUCCCAAAGAAACACAUGUGCAUGUGUCAAACAUGCAAAUUUGUCAUUUCUAGCGCAGAAACUAAAAAUACUCGGACUUCUUGAAACAGACGAUUUGGAACAGUUGGUUUCAGAAAUUGUAUGUGACAAGUUCAAUGAGAAGUGUAUGUAUAAUGAAUGCGAUAGAUGUAAAGAUAAGAUUAUUUCAUUUGAUGAGUCACAAAAAAAUAAAGAUAUGACUGUGUUUUGGUACAGCUGGGUUACAAAGAAACAUGAAUACACUAAAAUAAAAAGUACUGACCAGGAAACUGAAACCAAGACUACAAAGAAGACUUCUAAAGAAAUGGUACAAGGUACGUUAGAAACUUUGAUACAGACAUUUUCGGAACAACUUCUCAUAUUCAAAAAACACUUUUUCAACAUUUAUCAUGCAUACCAAAUGUAUAAAAGAUGUAAAGAAACACUAACUGAAAAUCAGUGCAUUAUACAUUGCGAUUUCUCUGAAAAUUAUCUUUGCAAAUUAAAUGAAGAGGUACAAGCAACACAUUUUGCCGGUUCUAAACAACAGUUUACAUUACAUACUGGAGUCAUUUAUUACAAAAACGAGCUGGGCUUACAAGAAAAAUCAUUUUGCACUAUUUCACCUUCAAAUAAUCACGAACCCUCAGCUAUUUGGGCUCAUCUGACACCUAUUUUAGAACAGAUAAAAAAAAUUAUAACGAAUGUGACUACAAUACACUUUUUUUCCGAUGGGCCCACCACCCAGUAUCGCCAGAAAGGCAAUUUUUAUCUACAUUCAAUUAUGAUUAAAAAAAUGGGUUUUGAAAAUUCUACUUGGUCAUUCUUUGAAUCUGCCCACGGCAAAGGGGCAGCAGAUGGGAUAGGCGGUGCAGUAAAACGGACAUUAGACAAAAAAGUUGCACACGGUGAAGACAUUAUCAAUGCACAAACUGCCUACGACACUCUAAUAAAGGGUCAGUCGAAAAUUGCUUUCUUUUACAUAUCGGAAGAAAAUAUACAAACUGUAAAACAAGAAUUUGGUACAAGAGAAUUGAUCCCUGUUCCAAACACAAUGACUAUACAUCAAGUGAUUACAACAGACCAGGACGAUACAAUAAAAUAUAGAAAACUGGCUUGUUUCUGUAAAGAAGCAUUAUGUGAUUGUUUUGACUUAAAAGAGCAUAACUUGAUUAUUAAGAAUAAGAAGAGAAAAUAUAAUAGAAAUAUAACGGAAACGGAAAGAACGACAAUCAAAAGAAGACGCAUUACAAAAAAGAAACGAUUAGCAAGAGCAGACAGUGAUACAAGCGUUAAUUCUGAUAUAACUUAUGCUGAAUCCGAAGAUAGUGAUUGGAAGGUUGAAGAAGAGUGCAAGUCAGAAAACAGUAAAACAGGUGACAAAGAAAAUAUUUUAGAAGAAAGUAAGACAACAAACCUAAUUAAGAGUAGUAAUAAGAAAAUUACCCUCUUAUCUGAUAUAAGAAAUACUCCAGAAAAUGUCAGAUAUUUCGAUUUAAAAAAUUACGGCCCAUUUAGGCUUAAUAACGUCGACAAAAUAGACAUUUCUAUAAAACAUCAACUAGCUACAAGUUUCGGAACGAACACAAAUAUUCAAUCAAGAUUCCAAGAUAUUAGAAAUGAGAGUGCAGCCGAAGAAAAUAAGAAAGUGUUAAAAGAUAUGGAAAAUGCAGCAGAUGACAAUAUUACUAAUAAUGCUAAUGCGAUAAAAGAAAAGAAGGCAGAAAUAGAAGGGGCCACAAUAGGUACGGAAGUAGAACUAAAAAGUGAUGAUACUGAAGAGACCAUAAUUGAAGAGGGAAAAGUAGUGAUAGAAGAAAAACAACCAGAAAAAUACUAUUUGAACAAGGAUAAAAGAAGAGAAAAUGAGACUGAAUCAGAAAAUAUAGAAGAGGGAAAAGUAGUGAUAGAAGAAAAACAAUCAGAAAAAUACUACUCGAACAAGGAUAAAAGAAGAGAAAAUGAGACUGAAUCAGAAAAUAAAGACUAUGCUAAAAGAGACAAUGAGACUGAAAAUAUAACUAAAACUGAAAAAGAAACCAAAGUACAAGAAUUAGAAAAUUUUAUAAACUACAAUAAAAAUGAUAGUGUGUUGGUUAGAUAUUAUGAAAAAAAGGGAUGGACAUAUUAUAUAGGAUUUAUUGAAAACGUCGAACUCAGACCUGAAAUAAAGUAUACAAUAUUUUUCUUAAAAACUGUAAAAAAACCUCAGCUUAAAUUCGUACCCCCAAAAAAAAUUGACAGAGAUACACUCCCGGCUGCAAAUAUUGUAAAAAAUGUCCAUUUAAGUUCAGUUUCAAAUUACUAUAUGUUAUCAGAAGACAGUGAUCGCAUUUAUUUUGAUUAAGACUUUUAAUACUUAAUUUAAAUUUUUGAUAUGCACAAAUAUUAUGUUCAGUCAAAGUUUUAUAAGUUUAACUUUUGAUUUAUUUUAAUAAGAUAUUGUUUACUUUCUUUUGGACAAAGUUUUUUAAGUUUGACUUUUGAUUUAUUUUAAUAAGAUAUUGUUUACUUUCUUUUGGACAAAGUUUUUUAAGUUUGACUUUUGUUUUAUUUUAAUAAUUUACUUUCAUUUAAACAAAGCAAAGUUAUUUGACUUUUUAUUAAUUUUAAUAAGAUAUUGUUUAUUCUCGUUUGGACAAAGUUUUUUAAGUUUGACUUUUGUUUUAUUUUAAUAAUUUACUUUCAUUUAAACAAAGUUAUUUGACUUUUUAUGUUCAUGAACAUUAUUUUCGCUUAAAUCUUUUGUCAGAUAAAAAAAAAUGUUUUGUAAGUGAUUUGGCUAUGGAUGGAUGGUAUGUGUACCUUUUUUUUUAAUAAAGAUCAGAUAAUUA